UGUGGGCCCCAACAGACAGCCUGGAAGCCUGUGAGGAAACCGAGGGACCAGAGCUCAUCCUCACAGGCCCCUGGCAGGAGUUGGGAGAUGGAAGACGGCAGCCUCGGGUCAUCACCAGUUCCAAGAAAGCGCAGAUAUGAGAAUGCAGAUUUCAGCACUGAGCUGCUUCCUGUGACAUGUGGUGACGUGAAGGGAGUGUUAAGCAAGGAUAAAUUCAAGCAAGGGGUCUCCGUGAAGUCCAUACAGAGUGAGGAUGGGAACUGGUACACACCCCCUGAGUUUGAAAUCCUGGGAGGUCAUGGACGAUCAAAGAACUGGAAAUUGAGUCUGCGCUGCUACAAUCGACCCCUGAAAUUGCUGAUCGAGGGAAACUUUCUACCCAAUCCUCCACGAAUAUAUGGCAGGAAAAAAAAGAACUCAGAUGAGUGUGAGGUGUGCCGGGAUGGAGGGAUGCUCUUCUGCUGUGAUACUUGCUCCAGAGCCUUCCAUGAGGAGUGUCACAUCCCAACGGUGGAGGCUGAGAUAACACCAUGGAGCUGCAUCUUCUGUAGGAUGCAGUCCUUAGGAAGCCAACAGAGUCAUCCAGAAUCUGAGGUACUGCAGAGACGCAUGGUGCCCCAGGAACAGUUGAAGUGUGAGUUUGUCCUCUUGAAAGUCUAUUGCUGUUCUGAGAGCUCCUUUUUUUCCAAGAUGCCAUAUUAUUGUUAUUUUAGGGAAACAUCUGAGGGUGUGCAGAAAGCUAUGUGGUUGGACAUCAUCAAGAAAAAGCUGAGAAAGAGAGGUUACUCUCACGUGGAAGAGUUUGUGCAAGACAUGAGGCUCAUCUUCCACAAUCACAGGACCACGUUCAAGGACCUUAACUUUGGCCAAAUGGGACUUGGACUGGAGUCUGAGUUUGAGAAGACUUUCAAGGAAGUGUUUGCUAUUCAGGACACAAAUGAAAACAGUUGACUGAUGUCCCGGAUGCUGCUGGUGUCCUGGCACCUUGUCCUUUUCUGGCCAGGUCUUCCCACACACAGCAGUGAGUGCUCUCUACCGACUCCAUCAUCCACAGAGGAUUCUCUGGGUCACAUGCAGACAGCUGCAGCUGGGAGUCACACCUCCUGGCCUUGAGGUCCAUCCCCUGCCUCCAGCUGGAACCAAGGGUGUAAUAAAUUGCUGUUCUCUGCUCCCCAAGUCCAACU